GGUAGCAGAGGAGAAAAGGAAAACGAGAUAAUGAAAGCAGAGUGAAAGAUACAUAAAUGAUAAGAGGAAUGGUAGAAGGAAAGGAAAACGUAGAGUGAGAAGAUAGUGGGAGGAUAGGGUGAGCCAUUGAAAGGAGGGGGACAGGAAGCGAGAUACUAAUAAGUAAUACAUAUAUAUAUAUUAAACAAAAUCCCUCUCCAGCACAGCCUGUGUGAGUGAAUCGCGGAAGUAAUGCUCCAUCAUGUCUACCAUGCAUCCUCGCUUCAUUUGUACAUUUUCAAAUUGACACUAACAAAUAUUGUUCACAAAUAACAGCCACCACAACGCAAACAGACCGCCUAAUACCCUUUCCAUUCAUUUAGAUUGUAGCUUUUUUUUUUUUUCGCUUUCCUUUGAUAGCAAAUAACACAUUUACAUUAUAUGUAUAUUUCAUUUUCUUUCUCUUGCUUUUGCUAACAUCGAUCUUUCGAUCUCAUCAACCAGCGCUGAUAGAUUUUAGAGUUAAAAAGUAAAGUAUAUAAUAAUAAAUAUAUUGAAAUUACACAAUGUCGCUCAGCAAAGGCUAUAGGGUUUAUCGUAAACCUGAUCCACCUUACAGUGUGCUCUUGGAAAACAGAUCUCGGACUGACGAACUCUUAAUGUUCGAAUCUCAUGCUGUCGCUGUACUAUCUGCCGAAGAAAGUCUCGCUAUUAAGAAGAAUUAUACUAAGGCAUUUGAUGGCUAUGGUUGCCUUGGUGUACUGCAGAUCAAAUCAGGUGAAACUAACAGCCUCUAUCUCGGAAUUGUUACAUCAUGUGUGUCAGUCAACAAAAUCAUGGAAUCAGAAGUGUUUCGUAUCACAGCCACCAACUUCAUACCUCUACAGAGCCACAAUGCUGAAGAAGAGAAAAUCAAUGAAAUGCGCAAACUACUUAGUUCAGGAACAUUCUAUUUCUCUUGGUCCACAACAAACUAUAUUUGGGACCUGAGUUUAUGUGCACAGAGGCAAUUCCAACAAUGCGAUACAGACAACAGAUUCUUUUGGAAUAAAAGACUCCAUGUACAUUUGGAUCGAUUCGGUGUAAACUGCACGGAAUGGCUGCUAAAAAUUAUAUCUGGUGGUGUAGAAAUCCGGACUAUCUAUGCUGGGGAUAAACAGGCUAAAGCAUGCCUCAUUUCACGUCUAAGCUGUGAACGAGCAGGGACAAGAUUUAAUGUCAGAGGGACCAACGACGACGGCCACGUCGCUAAUUUUGUGGAAACAGAACAGGUUAUUUUCCUGGAAGACCAAAUUUCUUCAUUCAUACAAGUAAGAGGAUCUGUGCCAUUAUUUUGGGAACAGCCUGGUAUUCAGGUUGGCUCACACAAAAUCCGCCUUUCUCGAGGGUAUGAAGCUUGCGCUCCUGCCUUUGAUCGACAUCUCAACACGCUAAAACUAUUAUAUGGUAAACAAGUGAUUGUGAAUCUACUUGGUAGUAAAGAAGGGGAGUACAUGUUAAGCCAAGCAUUCCAGAAUCAUCAUAAAAAUUCAACUCACAAAGACGAUGUACCACACAUUGUCUUCGAUUACCAUGCGGAGUGUCGUGGAGGGAACCUUUCCAAUUUGCAGAAGUUAAUGAAAGUAUCUGAAGAACAUUUAAAUAAUUUGAAUUUUUUUCAUUGUUCUUCAGAUCGAAUUAUCAGGCAGCAGCUUGGAACUAUUCGAACCAAUUGUGUUGAUUGCCUUGAUCGGACCAAUUCUGUUCAGCGGUUAUAUGGCUUAUAUAUUCUUAAAAGACAAAUGGAAGCACUCGGAUUUGGAGGAAAGAUUCAAAUGGUGUCUCGUUUUGAAGAAGUUUUUAAACAAAUUUGGACUGAAAACGGCGAUCAUAUCAGCCGUAUUUAUGCAGGCACUGGUGCCAUGGGGGGUGGCCGAUCUAAAUAUUCCGAUGCCGCACGAUCUGCUACUCGAACAAUUCAAAAUAAUUUCCUAGAUAGCAACAAACAAGAAGCUAUGGAUGUAUUUGUCAUGGGAUCAACUCUGACCGGAGAACUCAAAGAAAGAGCCAAAGCGCUGCUGACUUCAAGGUGUUUACAUGCACCGGAAGGAAUUCUUAGAGAAAUGGUAGCACGACAUAGGGAGUACACCAAACUUGAAAAACUCCGCGUCUGCUGUGGUACAUGGAAUGUAAAUGGUGGGACUCAUUUCCGCAGCAUUGCUUUCAAGAAAGAAAAACUCACUGACUGGCUGUUAGACGCCCACACGUGCUGCAGAAAUCUGUUUCCUGAUUCCUUAGACCAAAAUGCUGACUUCAGUUACCCAGCUGAUAUUUUCGCUAUUGGAUUUGAAGAAAUAGUUGAUCUUAAUGCAAGUAACAUUGUCAGAGCCAGCACGGAAAAUUCCCGUGAAUGGCAAAAUGAAAUUCAAAAGACAAUUUCUCGAGAGUACAAAUAUAUUCCAUUAGCAACAAUCCAGCUUGUAGGAGUUUGCCUAAUCUUAUUUAUCAGACCACAUCUGGCGCCAUUAAUCUCGGAUAUUGCUAUUGAGUCUGUCAAAACAGGCCUUGGAGGUGCUACAGGCAACAAAGGCGCCGUAGGUGUCCGCUUUUUACUCAAUGCUACCUCAUUUUGCUUCCUCUGCGCUCAUUUUGCAGCCGGGCAGUCACAGGUGAACGAACGCAACAAUGAUUUCCAUGAGAUUAUGAAGAGGGUUUCAUUACAGGGUAAACCCAUUGGUUCUCAUGACUAUAUUUUCUGGGUUGGUGAUUUCAACUAUCGUAUUGAUCUUCCAAAAGACGAUGUGAAAGAACUUGUCCGAAAUCAAAACUGGACUGCCCUCCAUGCUGCUGACCAACUCAAGAUACAGAUGGAUGCUAACAAUGUUUUCCGAGGUUUCCAAGAAGGUGAGACCAAUUUUGCACCAACCUAUAAGUACGAUAACUUUAGUGAUGAUUACGACACCAGUGAAAAAUGUCGUGUGCCUGCAUGGACCGAUCGAAUACUCUGGCGGAAAAGAAAAUUUCUUACAAAAUCAGGUGUGGAAGACCCUUAUUUUGUCCCUGUGAAACAACUGCUUUACAGUCGAGUUGAACUGAGAACCUCUGAUCACAGACCCGUUAUUGCCUUAUUUGACAUUGAUUAUCAGAAAGUAGAUGAAGAAAAAAAGAACACAGUUAUAAAAGAUGUGAUAGCCACCCAUGGCCCACCUGAUGGCACUAUUAUUAUAUCAUCAGAAACCAUUGACAUGUUUGCAGAGACUUUAGUUGACCAGAUUAUAUCACUGUUUUCCGAAUGCGGAGAAAUCUUACUGGUCAGAUUUGUCAAGAACACUUUAUGGUUGGUUUAUAAAGAUGGGAAAAGUUGUUUGAAGGCUCUUGAUUAUGAUCGUAAAAUGAUGGAAGGUCAUAUUUUAAAAGCCAAACUGAAGAAUCCCAAUUGGAACACGACUCUGUGGAGAGAAAUAGAAAUGUGCUAUGCCAAUGCCGAAGCAUUAUACAAGCCAGUUAUUAGUAACCUGCUGGGCGAUGAUUUCCACACUGAAUUUUUGUUAGAAGGAAAUGUUGAUUUUGAUGUUGUAGAACCACAAGACUUAAUAUUAUCCGUUCCAUCCCUACCUACAUGGUCCCGGUCAAGCACACCAUCUUCUGAUCGUGUCAGCCCUGUAGCAUCUGAUGACAGUUUUUCUGAUAAACCUACCCGGCCUGAUCAUCCACCUGCUCGUCCGCCUCUUCCUAUUGCAAUAAGUAAAUCUAAUGCCACAGAUGGUGUUUCACAGAAAAGAGCUCCUCCACAAAGACCAGGCAAACCACCACCAAGACCCAGCUCCGGACCAUUUAAACCUAAACCAAAAGAGCCUAACAAAACCGAAAACAUUGUUCCAAUUUCUUCAUCAAAGAUCUCCAGUAUUAGUUCCCCAGUCAACGUACAGCACCAUUGUCAUGCUACUGAUGCCAGUAGUGCUGAGAAAAUGCUAAACAAUCUAAUGUCGAACCAAACCACAACUACUGGAGUCAUUGGACAGCAACCAUCCAAGAGUAGUACCAAAAGAGGUUUUAGUCGACUAAUUCUAUCCCAUAUUUUGUCUUCUAAGUCUGGAGCUACUGCAACCCAGACCAGCAUAUCCCGUAGCCAAACAACUGGUUGUUUACAAACUUACAAUGCCCCUGAUGAUAAAUCAGAUACGAAUGAAGCGUCUCAUUUAAAUCGCCCUUACAGUGCUAGCGUUGAAAACCUAACGAUGAUGUCAUCGACCAACCAGAUAGAACAGCAAACAAAUGACAUGCUCCAAAAGAUGACACUUGAUUCUUCAACCAAUUCAACUCCAUUAGCACCGAUGUCUCAGAAUUCAUCAACCAAUAUUAUGGAUGCUAUGGUUCCAGAAGUUGUUCCAAAACCAUCAGACAUCAGCUUCCCAACACCGCCUCCAGUUCCAGUUCGCAGGGAUCUAACUGUGAAUAAACCCAGCCAACCUUCAAAUGAUGUUGGCCAAGAUAACAACGGCAACGGCAAUGCCAAAACACUGUCAGAUGAUUUCAAAACAUGCCCUUUGCAACCGCCCCCACCAUUGCCAACAGCAACUUUGAAUCCCGUCACUACUAGUUCUACUACUUCUCAAGUAAAGGUUCAGAAUACAAAACCAGACCCUCCACCGAUUCCUUCUCGACCUCCUUCCUCGCUUCCCCCAGUUCCAGCAAGGGUUCUGCCACCUCCACCUCCCAUACCACCACGUCGUUAAUGAUGUGUUAGUGUCUAGAAACAGGUUGCUUCAUGUGUGUGUGUGUAGGUGUGUGCAUGUGUGUUUGUUGUUGAAUGUGUUAUAUUAGUAUACAUAUAUGUAUAUAUAUAUAUAUAUACACACACACACCUUUGCAUACAUAAA